UACCCCACCCUCUCCGGUCACCCAGCACCUGUCUCCACAAGAUGCUGGAAGGUACUCCUGCUGCUACUCGGUUCUGGAAUCUGGACGAGAGAUCCCAUCCCUGGAGAGCAACUCCAUCAGUGUUGCAGUGAUGGACCAUCCUCCUUCUCCAGUCUUCUCCGUGACCCCAAAGAAAAACAUCUAUAUAAGUGGAGAAUUCUUAAACCUCACAUGCUCAGCUCCUGAUGAACAACUUGUAUCAAGGAUCCUGUUUUCCAAAGGCAGAAAUCAGCCGGUUCUCGUUGCUACUCAACCCCCUCAAGCCACUCUGAAUCUGUCUCUACAAGAUGCAGGAUAUUACUCCUGUGGGUACCAGAUUGUGGAAUCUGGACGAGAGAUCCCAUCCCUGGAAAGCAACUCCAUCAGUGUUAUAGUGACGGACCCUCCUCCUUCUCCAGCCUUCUCCGUGACCCCAAAGCAAGACGUCUAUACCAGUGGGGAAUCCAUAGAUCUCACCUGCUCAGCUCCUGAUAAGUAUCACGCAUCAAGGAUCUUGUAUUUCAAGGACAGUGAGCAGAUACCUCUCAGCGAUCCCUUUCUUCCUCAGGUCACCUUGCGCCUCUCUCCACAAGGUGCUGGAAAUUAUUCCUGCAGCUACCAGGUUCUGGAAUAUGGACAAGAGAUCCCCUCCCUGGAAAGCAACUCCAUCCAUAUUUCAGUGACAGAAUCGUUGCUUCUCCCCCUGGCCAUUGGAUGCGGUGGAGGAGGCGGAACCCUCGUUCUCCUGGUGCUUCUCGCCUGCCUUUACAAGAGGAAGCUGAAAGGUAGCAGCAGGAUCUCAGCCAGGACUUACUGGAACACUUUAAAGUCUCAGCAGUCCAUAAGGAAGAGGAGGUGCAAAGACCCCAGUGGAAAUGCUUUGUCUCUUCAGAAAAGAGAGGAGUCCUCACAGCCCAUGGGCCAAGACUGGGGCGUCCUUCCUAAAUCUAAAUUGCGGGCAGCAGAAGUUGGUGGUCCACCGAAGGAGAAGAAGGGCGAUGAAGAUGCUGAUUCUGGAGCAGAGUUUGAAUUCCCAGAAACUGACCUGAGUUACACGCUUCUUGGCAUCAGCUGCUCUACGUUCUUCAAAGAUGAAAACAGGGGCUCCACCAAGGAGGCUAACCUCUACGAUGAAAUUCCAUGAUAGCUACUUCCACCUACUCUUUCUUCCCAUCCUCAUUUGAACAAGACCCCCUCAGACAUGCCCCUCUAACUACCACCCUGUCUCUUUCUGUCAUUGAGUCGGAAAACCAUUCUCUCUCCCCGCCCAGAAAUUCCAGUCUAAAUCUUUAAUUAAA